AUGAGUGCUGCGGACCACCCGCCGCCGCCGCCGCCGCGCAGUAGUGCCCGGAAUAAUAAGCGGUCAAACAGGAAGGCACCGCCGCCUGCUGAUGAGCAAGAAGUGUUUGCGGAUGCAGUGGCUCCCGACGACGCCGAGCAGGCCGAGUCUCGCGAGGCGCCCCAGGUGGCAGAUCCAUCAGCCACCAUGGUGAAUGAGUCAGAGGUUCAGGACACGGCAGAGCGGGCUGAUGAGUCCAUGUCUGCGGUGCCGACACCUGCAGAGCCGACUGAGGAGCCCGUGGGUGCAGCGCCAGCGACGGCAGAGCCAGCGGACGCGGCCCUGCAAGCCCAGCUGGCCUCGCGUGACCAAGAGCUGGCGCUGCUCCGCAAGGAGCUCCAAGAUGCCAUCUCUGUGCGCAACGAUGUCGCAGACGCGCACGCAGACUGGCUCAAGGAGCGCGAAGAGCUCAGAGGCCAGAAAGAAGAGCUCGAGCAGCGCCUCGAGCAGGAGCGCGAGGAGCGCAAUGCACAGAGGGAAGAGCUGGAGCGGCGCCUCGAGCAGGAGCGUGAGCGGGCCGACAGUGCGGAAGAGCGGAUCCGCGACCUGCGCCGCACGAACGAAGAGAGCCGACGGGCGAUUAUGCGACUGCAACAGGCGCGCCCGGCGACGCCUCGGACCGAGUCGGAUGCGUCCGAGCGCUCGGCGCGGCGCACCAGUGCGAUCUUGGGCCCGUUCACGGCCAAGACGCUCUCGAGUGCGGUGGAGGGCGACAGUGAGCCGGAGCACAAGGGACUGCGUGAUCUGCAGCUGGUGAGCCCGCCGCAGGCGAACUCGGACACCUUCUCGCCCGUGCUAGGCAGCAAGAUUGAGGAGGAAGAGACUGACGAAGCGCCUGCUGCCAGGGACAAUGCCGAGGAGGGCAGUCAGCAGUCAGGUAUCACGGGUCUGUUCCCGUCGUCGCUGCUGCGCCCGCCCUUCCAUCUGCUGCGCAAGUCGGGCGGCGCAGAGAGCCAAACGGGCCCGUCGAUAGGCUCGCAGGACGACGGGGCCAUGCUCGAGUCGCUGCGCACGGAGCACGAAAAGGCACAGUCCCAGCUGGCGUCUAUGCACACGGAGAUCGCGGCACUCCAGGACCAGCUGCUUGAGUCCCGCGAGGCGCAGCAGGCGAGUGAAUCGCUGAUCAAGUCUCUACGCGAAUACAUUGUCAACGCGGAAAAGAGUGGCAAGCGCGAAGUCCCGCCGACCCCGUCCUCCGCUGCCUCCGCAGAAGCGGCCAUGGCGCCUGCAGCGAGCGCCGAGGGCGCGUCGUCCGCGGAGUUGGCGGAGGCGCAGGCCGAGACCGAAGCGGAGCCUCCACAAUCUACGUAG